UAAACAUAUUCUUCUGUCAUCACCUCCUGCUGCUCUUGCAACUGGGGAGCCCAAAGGACUUCCCCUGCCACGACACAAUCCUCUACCGCCGUCACAUCCCCGGAGAGUUGUACCAAUGCUUCUCGCAAAGAUUUUCGUGUCUCAACCUGACGAGUACCAAAGGGCUCCAUUGUGUUUCCCUCAAUGACGAGAUGAAUCUGAACCAGAGCGAGCGAUGCGAUACUACCGCCAGCAGAAGAGGGAGACAAAGCGUCUCGCUCCGAAACAUCGUCUAGUCUUAUCUUCCCGUUGUAGUUGCUCCAGGAUUCCCGCUCAAACUUGCUGCGUUCUCUUGCCGAGAUACGGUUGUAGUGCCGUUCCGCUCGAACGACGGAUUGGUCGCUCGAUCGGUAGUGAUGGUACUGUGAUUCGACGGACGCGACGGUGCCCUUGCCUACCUGACGUGCGAGUUCCAAAGCAGUUUCGGCAAUCAGCGAUUGCAAUCCCUCUCGGGUAUCCGUCGACGUCGUUUCGGCCAAUCGCUGUAUCUUUUGCACAACGGACGUGGGAGCACCGAUGUCGGGCACAUUCAAACACGCGGUCAAACUCCACACUGACAGGCCCGGACCAAGAGGAUGGCUCAGGUCGUCGUCUCCGAAUUUUUCUCUGUCCGAUCUUCGUUUCAGAACCCCCCUGGUCACCAAUGCCGUGGAUAAUACCGCUACAGUGAUGUCCGAAGCCCGCGAAUCGUGGAAAGGAUGUGGAUUUACCUUUCGCACAAAGUUUGUCGUUCCAUCGGUAUUCGUUACGACAGCUACAUCCUCGCCGGUCACUUUUUCGCCGGUCGGUCGAUGGUAGGUGCGAUAGGAGUGGUUGCGAAUGCGGUUCGUGUUCGAGCGGCCGGGUGGAUACACGACACGAAUCGGAGCCGGACGGUGCUGCCGGCUUUGGAUCCUGCGAUUGUCACCGGAAGGGCGGUGGACCUUCGAAACAGGCGGAUGGCGAAACCGAUCCGACCUCCCAAACGAUCCGCCCGCUCGUCCGCUGCCCGCUGCCCAGGCCGGAUCCAGAGCCGAGAAAGUAAUUGCCAUAAAUAGAACCAUCGAUACCAUCCAGCGACGAAUAGAUCGCGAAAGCGCUCUUCCAACCCCAAGAAACGAAACGGCUCUAUCGAAGAAACGGCGAACACGGCUCUGUUUGUUUCUCGGGCUGUCGUCACCGUCGAGGGACGAGGCAGUGAACAAUGGCGAGGACAAGGAGGCCGGCUUCCAGGCUUUAUUCUCGCAUCGCUCAGUGCGCAUGAGUGGAGGUGUUUUUGAAAGCCGUCGGUAUCCGCAUCGCUUCGACGAAGCGGCCCCGAGCACCGGUGGCUGUGUAGUGUGGAACGCCUGUACAAGGCUGAAAGAACGAGAGACGAAAAGAGGCCCCGUCGCGAGCAUCAAAAUAGUCGCUAGCAACCUCAUGGCAUCGAUUGCAAGAGAUGAAGCAAGAAACGAAAUGGUUAGGUGAUGCGUGCCUACGCUUGGUUGUUCUUUUUGUGAAGAACUCUGCCUAAAUCCAAAUAUUUCUUCAAUUUUUUUGAUUUUUUGACGUUCGGACAUACCAUACGGUACAAUCAUCGUACGAAGUGUAUGUACUAAGCGUAAAACAACAACAACUGAAAUGAAACACUGGGAACAUU